CCAUCCCUCCUCCUUCCCCUCCUCCAUUCCUCCUUCACGCGUCACUGUGUCGUUAGACAGGACCGUUAUAAAUGGCUCUGCACACACUUCUGAAGCACGCCAAAGGGAUUUACAGAGCUUCAGCAAGAUACAAAGGAGGGAAAAGUCUACACAGAGAAAACUACCUUUCACUGAAUCAGGAUGUCUAGGCUUGCAGAGAGAACCCUUUUCGUUUUCUACAUUUCAACACAGAUUUGCUCCCAGAUCAUGGCGCUGGUGUGUCAGACCAGGUGCCUCUGUCCGCAGGAGCCUCCGCUGUGCGCCCCCGGGGUCCAGUUGAUUCUGGAUGACUGCGCAUGCUGUCUGGUCUGUGCGAGGCAGAAAGGAGAGGCGUGCUCGGAAAUAAGUCCCUGUGAUACACACAGGGGUCUGAACUGCGACUACACGGCCGAUGUACACCAGAGGACAGGUGUCUGUGUCGCACAUGAGGGAGACAUCUGCCUGUUGGACGGUUCAGUGUACCAGAACGGAGAGACCUUCUUCCCCAGCUGCAAGUAUCAGUGCACCUGCAGGGACGGUCAGAUCGCCUGCGUGCCGCGCUGCAACCUGGACGUGAUGCUGCCGGGCCCAGACUGCCCUCUACCCAGGAAGGUGGCGGUCCCAGGGGAGUGCUGUGAGAAGUGGGUAUGUGAGCCCCAACCAGAGGCCAGUGCCUUGGGAAGCUUCGCCAUGGCUGCCUACAGACAGGAGGAGACAGUGGGGUUUGACUCGUGGGACCCCAGUACUAACUGCAUAGAGCAGACUACGGAGUGGGGCGCCUGCUCUCGCACCUGUGGCAUGAGCAUCUCCACCCGGGUCACCAACAAGAACCCCCGCUGUGAGAUGGUCAAGCAGACGCGUCUGUGCAUCGUCAGGCCCUGCGACAAACAGCAGCAGGAUGUUCCUAAGAGAGGAAGCAAGUGCCUGAGGAUGAAGAAGGCAGUGAAACCCGUCCGGUUCAGCUAUAAGAACUGCACCAGCGUGCUGACCUACAAGCCCCGGUACUGUGGUGUGUGUACGGACGGGCGUUGCUGCACCCCCCACAGCACCGAGACAGUGCAGGUAGUGUUCCAAUGUGCUCAGGCUGAAGCCAUAAAGAAAGCCGUGAUGUUCAUCAACACCUGCGCCUGCCACUACCACUGUCCCAGAGACAACGUCGUGUAUCGACCAUCAGACCUGGUCUACAGCGGUUACAGGUUAUAACGCUGUUACCACAGACACAACGACAGUUUCUCCUAUUCCUCCGUGACAGUAGUAUUGUACUGUACUGUAGUCGGGUGACUCUAUAUGUUCGUGACUCUAAAUGUUCUUGACAACAUCUUCCUGAAGGUGUAUGGUUGGUCUCAGGAGGGAGAAUCUCAAUUGCAUACUUAUCGCGUUCCUCUCUCCUCGCCUCCUUCUCAAAACCCAUUGGAUGAGAAAGCCAGAUGUCCCUCCCCUCUAACAUUCUCCUCCAAUGGGUUUUGAGGGAGGAGAGGAGAGAGGGUGAGGAGAGAGGGCGCGAGGAGAGAGGGCGCGAGGAGAGAGGGCGCGAGGAGAGAGGGCGCGAGGAGAGAGGGCGCGAGGAGAGAGAGAGAGUGAGGAGAGAGGAGAGAGUGAGGAGAGAGGAGAGAGUGAGGAGAGAGAGAGAGUGAGGAGAGAGGAGAGUGAGGAGAG